GACCAUGCGGCGGCCGCUGCCACCCCACACCAGCCACACCUGGCCCACCUACACCUGGCUGCUGCUGCUUUUCUGCACUUCUCAGGUACACCGAGCUGUUGCUGGGUCCCAAGACCACCCGGGGUUUGAAGUCCUGGCUUCUGCGUCCCAUUACUGGCCCCUGGAACAUGUGGACGGAAUCCACGAGCUUCAGGACACAACCAGAGCCUCCCGCGCCCACAACCUCACUGUGUUCCUCCCCCACCAUAACUCCACCUACUCUAACGCCACCGCGACCCUUGACCUUGUGGAAGGGAAGGUCAACAAAGGCAUUUACCUCCGGGAGCAGAAGGGUGUCGCAUUCCUCUACUAUGGAAGCUACAAGAACUCCUGCAUCAGCGACCCCACUCAGUGUGGUCCCGAAGGGGUCACAUUCUCCUUCUUCUGGAAGAUGCCGGGGGAGCAGACGCGGGCCCCACCCUCUGCCUACGGAGGCCAGGUCAUCUCCAAUGGCUUCAAGGUCGGGUCGCGAGGUGGUGAGGGCUCUGUGGAGCUGUACACACGGGAGAACUCCAUGACAUGGGCAGCCACCUUCAGCCCCCCAGGCCCCUACUGGACGCAUGUGCUGUUCACCUGGAGGCCCAAGGAGGGCCUGAAGGUCUACGUCAAUGGGACGCUGAGCACCUCGGACCCCAGCGGCAAGGUGGCCCACGCCUAUGGGGACCCCAAUGCCAACCUGGUGAUCGGGGCCGAGCAGGACCCAUCCCGGCGUUAUGAGAACGGUGCCUUUGAUGAGUUCGUCAUCUGGGAGCGGGCACUGACCCCGCACGAGGUGGCCAUGUACUUCUGGGCAGCUGUUGGAAAGCACGGCGUGUCCUCGUCCUCCUCAGUGCCCCCACGCUUCCUCGUGACGCCCACUGAGGACACUUGGCUGAUGCCCACAGACGCCUACCACCCCAUCAUAACCAACCUGACGGAGGAGAGGAGAAACUUCCAGAGCCCCAGCAUUGUGCUCGCCUACCUGCAGAACCUGUCGCUCAGCCUGCCCCACGAGUCCCUCUCGCCGGACACAGCCUGGAACCUCACUGAGACCUUCUUACAAGCCAUGGGCGAGGUCCUGCUCCUGCCCAGCUGGACCGACGUGUCAGAGGACCCGACUGUGGUGCUGGGCCUGAUUGAGACCAUCGACGUGGUGAUGGGCCACAUAUCUGCCAACCUGGAUGCCUCCAAGCCCCAGGUCACCAUCAAUGGCUCUUCCUCCAUGGCAGAGUACUCGGUGGCCAGGGUCCUCCCCAGGACCAUGAACAGCUCCCACUACCGCUUUCUGGCCCAGGGGCACAGCUAUAUCGAGAUCCCCUACCAGGCCUUCCACAGCCAAGCCUGGACCACCGUCGUGGGUCUGCUCUACCACACGGUGCACAACUACCUGGACGACAUCCACCCGGCUGACACCUUGAUCACGGAGGCAGCCAAGCACAGGGGCUGUCUGCUGUCAGCUGCCAGCCUCCUCAUCUCCCUGGACACGUCCCCCAAACCUGCUCUGGCCCACAGCCUGUCAGAGUUACCACUGGUCACCGUCCACCUCAAGCACAUGCUGACGCGAAAGCAGCACUUGCAGGCCAACAACCAGAGCCACCGCGUCUUCUACUACUGCGCCUUCCUGAACUUCAGCUCCGGGAAAGGUGUCUGGUCGAACGAGGGCUGCACCCUCACUGAGGGGAACCUCAGCUACUCCGUCUGCCACUGUACCCACCUCACCAACUUCGCCAUCCUGAUGCAGGUGGUCCCUCUGGAGCUGGCGUGGGGACACCAGGUGGCGCUGUCGGCCAUCACUUACAUCGGCUGCUCCGUGUCCGUGCUCUGCCUGACCGCAACGCUGGCCACCUUUGCUGUCCUCUCCUCUGUCAGCACUAUCAGGAACCAGCGCUACCACAUCCACGCCAACCUGUCCUUCGCCGUGCUAGUGGCCCAGGUGCUCCUGCUCGUCAGCUUCCAGCUCCAGCCGGGCACGGCCGCGUGCCAGGCUCUGGCUGUGCUCCUGCACUACUUCUUCCUGAGUGCCUUCACCUGGAUGCUGGUGGAGGGCCUUCACCUCUACAGCAUGGUCAUCAAGGUCUUCGGCUCCGAGGACAGCAAGCACUUGUACUACUACGGCAUCGGGUGGGGUUCUCCUCUGGUGAUCUGCGUCAUCUCAGUGUCGUUGGCCGUUGACAGUUACGGGUCGAGUAACAACUGCUGGCUGUCCCUGGAGAGCGGAGCCAUCUGGGCUUUCGUGGCCCCUGCCCUGUUUGUGAUCACAGUCAACAUCGGCAUCCUGGUCGCUGUGACCCGUGUCAUCUCUCAGAUCAGCACCGACAACUACAAGAUCCACGGGGACCCCAACGCCUUCAAGCUGACAGCGAAGGCAGUGGCAGUGCUCCUGCCGAUCCUGGGCACUUCGUGGGUCUUCGGGGUGCUCGCCGUCAACAAGCAGGCCCUGCUCUUCCAGUACAUAUUCGCCAUCCUCAACUCCUUACAGGGCCUCUUCAUCUUCCUGUUCCACUGCCUGCUGAACUCAGAGGUACGAGCGGCCUUCAAGCACAAAACCAAGAUCUGGUCCCUGUCUGGCAGCUCCACCCGCAGCACCCACAUGAAGCCCUCCAGCUCAGACAACAUGAAUGGGGUUCGGCCGGCUACAGCCUCCUCGAAGCUCAGCCCCUGGGACAAGAGCAGCCUGUCCACCCACCGAGUGGACCUGUCUGCCGUGUGAGAGGGCUGGAGACUGCCCGACCUCCAGGUGCCCCACACACUCACUCUCCCUUCUUGGGGUCCUGGGACAGCGUCACCCGUGACCACCUGUGGGCAUCCACGAUUCAGAUGGCCACUGACUCAGGAGCUGUGUGGCCAGGUGGGGCCACUGUGGGACAUAGCUGAGGACUGCAGGUAGCCGCUGCAAGCCGCACCUCCCACACCUGGCCACGUCAGGCACGUACCGGCCCAGGACUCUUAAGCACUGGAGGGACCUGAACACGGAGCACAAGGUGGCCAGCAAGGGUGGCUGAGGCCCCCACGCCCCAAAGGCCCCACUGAGUCAGCCAGGGGGAAAGUGUGGAGAGUAUGGGGGGGCCAGAUAAGGGGCUUAGAUCUGCUGGGUCCACCCCAGUCUCCCCAAACCAGUCCCCCCACGCCCCUCUGACUGGGUCCCCAUCAGUGAGUGGACACCUGGACCCUAAGAGGAACCUCCCUGCCCCUACCAGUGCCUUUGACCCCAGGCCAACACCUCUCUUGGAACCCCCAGCUGACUGCCUCCUGGUCUGGCCCCUCCCCAGAAGCCAGGGGGCAGGGCCCCGUCUCUGUUCAGGGCUCACACGCUGGGCUGUGCAGCCAAGUCACCAGCCACUCCUCGUUAGACAGAGGAGGCAGUGUGCCUGCCCCCCCGGGGUGCCCGGCUGGGGGACCCUGUGGGGCCCAGGCACAUGCCGUGGGGGACACUUGCUGUGACAGUGGUGUGAGGGACCUUUGUCUUCA